AAAGCGUUACGAGUGUGUGUUCGCGUGUGUGUAUUCGCCGCCUGUGUGUAUGUUUGUAUAGUGGUUUCUGGUGGCAUCAUUAAUGGCGAGCAACGACGGGAGUGCCGCGGUGUGAAGCCUUUUUGCGCACCGGAAGUCGACAAUCAACCAGCUGGGUGCUUGGUGCCAGAGAAUGUCCUUUCAACCACGGUGCCCACAUUGCGAUCACGCACCAUUGCAAUGAUCGCUGACAGGAGUGACAGUGAACUACGCUCCCUGGUGCUCCCGGGUGCUGCAGGAGCAAUACUCGAUUCGCGCGACCAUUACGGACUCACUUCCGGCGUAUGGUGGGCUUACUGUUGCUGUUGCUGCUCCGGCCGGUCAUCACGCACCCUCACAGCUAAGUGGCCACUGGCGGCGAACGCGUUCUAAUUGUUGUCCCCAAAAUGUUUGCCAACCGAACCGGAGCGAUGGUGAAUGGUACGGUGGUAAGCACGACGGUUACGGCCGCCCUGGUUACGUCACCGGCAACACUGAGCACACUGGUCAUGGCCACCACUACCGGUUGGUUCCGAGCGGAAGACUACUGGAAUGGAACGACGGAGCUACCGUCGGUGCUCGGUAAUGGGACCCACGAAUCCACCGCGCCAACAAUCGGGAAACCUCACGCCGGUCACGGUGAAAAUGCAUCAUCAAUCAUCAUCACGGCGGUGCAGUGCUUGAUUUUCGGUUCCAUCAUUAUCGGGGCCGUGCUGGGCAACGCGCUCGUCAUUAUCUCCGUGCACAAGAAUAGGAAAUUGCGAGUGAUCACCAACUACUUUGUCGUGUCGUUAGCGAUGGCCGAUAUGCUGGUGGCCCUGUGUGCGAUGACAUUCAACGCUUCGGUCGAGAUUUCUGGCAGAUGGUUGUUCGGUCCAUUCAUGUGCAACGUUUGGAACAGUCUGGACGUUUACUUUUCCACCGCGAGCAUACUUCACCUUUGCUGCAUCUCGGUCGACCGCUACUUUGCCAUCGUGCGACCACUGGAGUACCCGCUGUACAUGACGCAACGGACGGUGUUCAUGAUGCUGGCGAACGUUUGGGUGCUGCCGGCGCUUAUCUCCUUCACGCCCAUCUUUCUCGGCUGGUACACGACGGCCGAACAUCUCGCGACGCUCGCCCUCAAUCCGGAUCUCUGUAUAUUCGUUGUAAAUAAAACCUACGCCAUCAUCUCGAGCUCGAUCAGCUUCUGGAUACCCGGCAUCGUGAUGGUGACGAUGUACUAUCGAAUCUACAAGGAAGCGGUACGCCAGCGGAAGGCACUCAGUCGCACCAGCUCCAACAUAUUGCUGAACAGUGUGCAGAUCAACAAUGCGUCGAAUACGCUGCACGCGAAUCAUCACCAUCACCACCACCACCAUCAUCAUCCGCAUCCCCACCAUCGGCAUCAUCACCUGCGUGCGAGCGAUUGCGAUCUCGGCAUCGACAUCAAAGACAUCCAGCAUGAUACGCACAGCGAGCUCAGCGAUCUGGACAUGCAGGUACCCAUCGUGGCGACGGUCGUGAGUCCAGACGACGAUUUUCUAGUUCCGUCCUCACCACCGCGACGCCUCAGCCGCAGCAGCAUCGAUCUGCGUGAUCUCGAGUACAAGAACGAAACCAAACUGAAGGGCUCGGACAGCGUUUCGUCCAUCUUUCCGCUGCACUACGAGAACAACCUGCGCUACUCCGGUUCCGAACCGAUCCACAUAAAGGAAGCUCAACAACUGCACCAGCUGCAGCAGCAGCAGCAGCAACAGGCACAGGACCAACAACAGUCAACACCGACGGACACACAGCAACGGCGAGCGUCACGGAAGGACAGCUUCCGGCAGAUGAACUUCUUUCAGCCCUUUUUCGCGCGUAACAAUCUGCUCAAAUCGUACAUGCGUGGUUCGGGUGGCGGUAGCGGUGGUACCAAUCUCAACAACAACAACAACAACAUCCAGAACAACAGCAACAUCAACAACAGUAGCAACAGCAGCAGCAAUCGGCGCUCGGUGGAGCGCAACAACAAGAACAACGACAAUCGUUCGCACAACAACAUCCUCGAUCUGAUCAACGUGGCGUCGACGCUGAACAAGGACUCGGAGAAGGAGGUCAACACACACAAACGUCACCAGAUGGCGGCCAGCGAGUCCGACUUCCUGACGAUGAUCGAGAAGCAGCGGCAGCGGCUGGGCAAGAACACCAACAGCCUGAAGAACUGCAACAAGGACGAGAAGGAGUUGAUCUACGCGCUCAGCGAUUCCGAUUUUAGUGCCGCGUUUCAGAAGCGAUCGAGUGGCGCGACGGACGGUGCGACGAAGAAUCUCGAGAUGCCGAAGGAUGGUAUCUUUAAGAUCGUCCUGAAUGACGCGAGAGAGCAAACGAAUGAGUCCGACGGUGGCGUUGGUGGUGUUGGUGGUGUCGGGCUUGAUGGUGGUGGUGAUAUAGUGGGGGAAUCAUCCGUAGCGGGUGCACCAACGAUGGACACACCGGACAUACUGAUCGGUUGCUUCGA